AGUUAAACUUGACUAAAAUGUUUUGAAAAUGAAAUCCCCAUCAAGCGUUAUGUUUUAGUAAGUUCUCAUUUUAGUUUCAGUUUCUUAAAGUUGUCAUUAGCCAACAUUAACAUUUCUUUAUAAAAAAUAAAACUGCCGGUGCACGUGUUCCCCAUCUGCGUAAAAUGUGACACUCCGCAUCCACAACCCAAUCACCCCCGAGAUAUGAUAAUACUGUGGUUCUAAUGGAAAAUAGUGACGUCCAUCAAUGUGAAAACAUGGCAGAGGCAGCAGUCGAAACUCCGGCUGCUCGGUUUUUCUGUCAUAGCUGCUUCUUAGAAGUUAAUCCUAUUUUGCCAGAUUUCACAUGUCCUCGUUGCCAGACUGGAUUUAUAGAAGAAUUAGCCCAAGCUCCAGAUCCUAGUGAAGAAUCAGAUGAAGAAGCCUACUUACCUUUUUCUCAAGAUGGUUCAGAUACGAAUGAUGAAGCUGAUGCUUUAUCACAGGUUGCUGAUUUAUGGAAUAUGCUAAAUUACAUGCGAAGACCUGAAGAUUCCAGUCAUUUUCCUGGUGGGAGUCAAACUCAAGAAACAGGAAGGGAAGGAAGAUAUAAUGCAUCCCGCCCAGGACCUUCUAGACGACCCAGAUUCAGUAGGAACCCUAAUCGUAGGCAACAAGAUUAUGAUAAUGCCAGAACCAGAACAGAAGGGUUUUUACAUCAUUUAGUCACUACAUUGUCAGAAAAUACAGGUUUAGUUCCAAAUGCAAGUUUUCCUGUUUUCCUAAAUCUUCACAGCAACCCUGGUGAUUAUGCAUGGGGAAGAGGAGGCUGGAAUGCAAUUAUUACUCAACUAAUUAAUCAACUUGAUGGUACUGGUCCUCCUCCUUUGCCCAAAGAAAAAAUAGAUGAAAUUCCUAUUGUGGGUAUAAGCCAAGAACAAGUUGAUAAAAACCUUCAAUGUACAGUUUGCAUGGAAGAUUUCAAAUUAGAUGAACCAGUUAGAAGGUUAUCCUGUGAUCAUCAUUUCCACAAUGAAUGUAUAAUUCCUUGGUUAGAAUUGCAUGGUACAUGUCCUAUUUGUCGAAAACUGCUUAAUGAUGGCUCCAGUCAAGAUAAUGCCUUUCAGUCUACAAGUCAAACCUCGCAAAAUGGUCCUGAUGUGAUAUCUCUGCCCGGACCUAGUGCGUCACAGCAAGCCAGUAGUAAUUCACUUUCAGACUCGGAUAUUUCAAGAAGAAGUUUCAACUUUAAUCCUCUAGAUUCUUCAAUUUAUGAUUUUAAUGAAGAAUUUGAUUAGCUGUAACAUAAGACUUAUAAAUUUCUUUUCCUUGUACAUAUGAGGUAGAUAAUUUCACUAUAGACAGUUGAAGAUUGCAUUGCCUUUAUUUUACUUUUAAAAAGAGACUUAUCUUUUCUCCUCCUGUAUCUACAGAACUGCAAAAAAAAAAAUUUUGAACCCCAGAAAAAAAUUCCGACUCAUAAGUGGAAACCAAGCUAAGGUCAGUGUAAAUCUAUGCAUUCGCUCAAUCAUGUGGUCAAUCCUGCUCUGUUGUUGAGGACGUUUUUUAUUUAAAUUUGUUCUGAAGUGUUUAAGUGUAGAAGUAAACAAGUUAUUUUGCCAAAACUGAAUUUUUUUUCUGUGUUUCUUUGUAUUUUUAAUAAUGAAUUGAUUUCCUUUUUAAUCUUUGCAUGCUUCAAAGAUAAGUUGAAGCAAUAGCAUGUUACAAAUUAUAAAACAAAUCAUGCAAUAUUUGUGAUGAGCUAAUUUAUUUGAAUGAUGUAUCAAAUGAUUGAAUCAAUGUAAAAAAAGAAUAAAAGACGCUACUUA